AUGUCCGAACCGCUAUCAUCGCCUUCACCGGAAUCAUCAUCUUCACCAGAAUCAUCAUCGUCAGCAUUAUCACCAACAUCACCUUCAGCAUCAUCUUCAUCCCCAAAAAAACGAAAAGAGAAUGAGAAUUCUACCUCACACAAACUAAAGAAAAUGAAAUAUCAACUAUUGCUGGAGAAAGAAAAAACAAAACAGGAGGAAGAAAAAACAAAACGUAAACUAGAAACAGAAAAAGAAAAAACAAAACGUGAAAUAGAAACAGAAAAAGAAAAAACAAAACAGGAGGAAGAAAAAACAAAACAGGAGGAAGAAAAAACAAAACGCGAAAUAGAAACAGAAAAAGAAAAAACAAAGCAGGAGGUAGAAAAAACAAAACGUGAACAAGAAAAAACUAAACAAUUACAAUUAACUCACAAAUCUACAUCCAACCUAUCAACUCACUCAUAUGCUAGUAUUUAUAAUUCAGAAAAAAACCAACACCACAUUACUGUUGUCGAUGAAAUGGAACUCAAGAACUGGAUUACCCAUAGCCAGGUUAAUGAUGAUAUAUUAAACCUUUUCACACCUAUAAACAGUUCAGCGGAGAGUGAGGUCCAUAACACAAUGAGCACAAUCCUCGAAAAAAUGGCACAAAAUGAUUUGAAGGUAAUUGACACAAGCCAAAAACAAUAUUUAUCAGCUCAACUUGAUAGCAGCACAUCUCAAGCACCAGAUUUCACUUUCUACUACAAAAAUUAUACCUUACUAGAAACAUCUAAUCACUCAUUACUAACUAAAAUUGCAAAUAUUGUUGGUGACAUCAAAGCUCGUGGUAAAAGUAUCGAAAAACCAAGCAGUCUGGGCCAAAUGAUUUCAUAUUUACAAACACUUCUCAUUGCUCAAAAACAUUACAGAAAAUGUAAUUACGGAUUCAUUACAAAUUACACAUCAAUUAUAUUCCUAAAAGCUGAGAUCAAUGAUGAUAUUGUUACAUUUCAACAUUCAAAACCGAUAGAUUUCAAACCCACCAAUAAUAUGGCAACUCUUGGUCUUCAAACACUUUAUUCUUUACUUAAUACUUCCAUUGACAAGGUGGAUAGUAUUGGGUUUUAUCCGUCAACAGUAAUCAAUUUAACAUCCUUCCUUUCGGAUGGCUAUACUUCUUUGGUUUUUGAAGUACCUGAUGAAAGGGUUGCUAAAAUAUGUAAAACGCCCGUUUAUACUAAUUUGUUUGAGAACGAAUAUCAAACGUUGAAUACUCUCAAAAGCUAUAAUAUUGAUGUCCCUCAAGUAGAAAAACUAUGUGAAGGAGUUUUACAAAUGGAAAAAUUUAAUUGCAUAGAAGAUACAGAUACCCCAACCAAACAAGAAUGUUUGGACUUAAUAGACUUAUUGCAAAAGGUUCAUUCAAGGGGAAUUUGCCACAGAGAUAUUAGACCUGAUAACAUUAUGAAGAAUGGAAAUGAUGGAAAAUUAAUAUUUAUUGAUUGGGGCUUUGCAUGUAAAGCUGACGAAAUGACACAGUUUGCCGGAACAGUUUCAUUUUGCGCAGAUGAAUAUUUAGAAUGUAUUGUUCAUCCUCAUGGUUUCAAAUCUUACAAAACAAAAUAUGAUUGUGAAUCGUUAUUGAAGACAUUUUGUUAUUGGGCUUCUAGCAAAAAAUUUCAUUCCGUUUCUAGAAAUGAAUUUGACAAAGCAAGAGAAGCAAGAAAUUUUUGGCGGCAGUUCGAUGAACUUAAUUUCAAGACCAUUGUUUAUCAGAUAAGGAAUGGCACUGACCCGUACGCUGCACUAAAGUCAUUCUGGCAAAACAACACUAAUCCUUCCUUCUGA